AUGCGCCAAAUGUUUUCUAUGGCAGUUAUCAUGUAUAUAUUCACUUAUUUGUUUUUAUCAUGUAGGUCAGUAAGUGCAGACACCUCGACAGAUGCCUUCAAAAACAAUAUCACCCUCUUCACACGCAUCUUGGACAGACUCCUGGAUGGCUAUGAUAACCGGCUCAGGCCUGGACUAGGAGAUCGGGUCACCACAGUGAAGACUGAUAUCUACGUCACCAGUUUUGGGCCUGUUUCAGACACUGAUAUGGAAUACACAAUAGAUGUGUUCUUCAGGCAGAGCUGGAAAGAUGAGAGGUUGAAGUUUGAGGGACCAAUGAACAUCCUCCGUCUCAACAACCUGAUGGCAAGCAAAAUCUGGACUCCAGACACUUUCUUUCAUAAUGGGAAGAAAUCGGUGGCACACAACAUGACUAUGCCUAAUAAGCUCCUGCGUAUUCAGGAUGACGGCACUCUGCUUUACACCAUGAGGUUGACGGUGCAUGCUGAGUGUCCAAUGCAUCUUGAGGAUUUUCCCAUGGAUUUCCACUCCUGUCCUCUCAAAUUUGGCAGCUAUGCGUACACAACAACAGAGGUGACAUACACCUGGACAAAGAACGCCUCAAACUCCGUGGUGGUGGAAGGGGAGAGCUCCCGAUUAAACCAGUAUGACUUACUGGGACAGACUGUCGGUAAUGAGACAAUUAAAUCCAGCACUGGCGAGUACACAGUGAUGACAGCUCACUUCCAUCUGAAGAGAAAGAUUGGAUAUUUUGUGAUUCAGACAUACCUCCCGUGCAUCAUGACAGUCAUCCUCUCACAAGUCUCCUUUUGGCUUAAUCGUGAGUCCGUUCCUGCCAGGACUGUGUUUGGUGUGACAACUGUACUGACGAUGACAACUCUGAGUAUCAGUGCCCGUAACUCACUGCCUAAAGUGGCCUACGCCACCGCUAUGGACUGGUUCAUUGCCGUGUGCUAUGCAUUUGUCUUCUCAGCCCUCAUUGAAUUUGCUACAGUCAACUAUUUCACAAAGCGUGGCUGGGCCUGGGACGGCAAGAGCGUGGUCAAUGACAAGAAGAAAGAGAAAGCCUCCGUGAUUAAGAAAAACAAUGCAUAUGCAGUGGCUGUUGCGAACUAUGCUCCCAACAUCACCAAGGACUCUGUCCUGCCCACCAUUGCUAAAGGUGGAGUCGCAGAAGCAGGCAAGGCCAAAACUGAGAGCAAACCAGCCGAGAACAAGAAAACCUUCAACAGCGUGAGUAAGAUCGACCGCAUGUCCCGCAUCAUGUUCCCUGUGCUCUUCGGAACCUUCAACCUGGUUUACUGGGCCACCUAUUUAAACAGAGAACCUGUUAUCAAGGACAUGGUCCCCUCCAACCAAUGA